ACUACUCUCUUUUAUUUACCCACUUGCACGGAUCCUUCUUUUUAAGUCUCCCAGUAACCAACAAGAUAACAAGGAAAAAAACACUAGUACAACACAACUAUCAUUAAGCCCCUCAAACUUACCAAAACUGAAACCAACGGUUCCAGGGUUUUGGGUCGUUUGUGGAAAUGUUGGAUAUGGGAUGUGCAUGUUGAACAAUAACUAAGGAUAUUAAGAUAAUCCCUAGCUUGAGGGUCUCCAAGACCAAAACAUGAGUCUUGCAUGUCUGGUGUGCCAUAGUGUGGACAGUCCAUCACAUUCUUUUAGGAGUUACUCUGUUUCAAGUUCAGAAAACGAGGGAAGAUGUUCAGCCAUUGCUAACUGCUUGGCCCGGAAGUCAUCUCUUCCAGCUGUGAGACCAACCAUAACAACAUCAACCUCCAAAGUGACCCCACAGCCAAAUUUUCAAAACAGCGUUGGAAUGACAGGUCCCCCACGGCUUGUGCGUAGUUGUGCCUUGAGGAGGGAUCUUGUAAGAGACUGGAAUUUUGAGGAGGUUGUAAUGGAGCGCCAGCUUUUUUAGUUUUCGGUAGGAGAGUGUUGUAUUUUGUAUUAGUUUGGUGUUGGUGCAACUCAACUUGUUCUGCUACAACAUUUGUAAUAAUCUGAGUAAUUUAUUCUUGAAUGUGGAAAACAUAUCACAUUUCCUUGCUCUUUUCUGCAUUUUGGUACUGAAUAUUUUGGGUUAUGGUGGAACCCAGCAUGGAGUAUCUUUUACGUCCCUUACGCCAGCAAUAGCAUGGAGUCUGACUUGAGUUGAGACCAGUUGUUGGUUUUCAUUUUUAUGAUAUGAUUGAUGAUUGCU